AUGUACGCGCAGCUGUGGUGUGUUUUUACUUUCACGCUAAGUCCCGUGCUUAGCGCAACAGUCAACAGGAUUAUCGGUGGCGAGGAAGCGGAACCCCAUGAGCUGCCUUAUCAGGUGUCACUGCAGUGGAAUUACAACAAAACGGCGAUCGCUCCGAUGCACUACUGCGGUGGAGCUCUGCUGACCAAGGACUGGGUGUUGACGGCGGCCCAUUGCAAAACUUCCUACACGCCCGAUGGAUACGCGGAGGUGGUGGCCGGUGCACACAACAUUACGGCGCGAGAGGAAGGCUCCCAGCGUAGAACGAUCGAACGCAUGAUCACGCACGAUCGGUAUUGUGGAGCUGUUUGCCCGUACGACAUUGCGCUGGUGCGUGUUGGCGUUUCGUUUGUGCUGGGAGACCAUGUAAAACCGAUCCGAUUGCCGGCGCUGAACGAAUCAUUCCACGGGAGUGCGCUGGUUAGUGGGUGGGGAGCGCAAACGCCGGCACUGGUUCCGGAGUAUCCGGACACGCUGCGGAAAGUCGUAUUGCCGCUCGUGGAUUACGACGAAUGCCGCCAGCUGUGGUACGACGUGAGUCAUCUCGCGGCAACGAACCUGUGCGCUGGACCCGAGGAUGGUUCCAAAGCCUCCUGCUCGGCCGACUCCGGCGGACCGUUAGUCACGAUGAAUGGGACGCGCCUCAGCGAGGAACCCGUUCUGAUCGGUCUCGUUUCCUGGGGACCGUUCCCCUGCGCCUCGCCCUGGCGACUGAACAUCUUCACCGGGGUCGCCUACUUUGUCGACUGGAUUGAGCAACACGUGGAAGCGGGUUAG